AUGAAUGCACAAAUCAGGAAAAAGAAAAACCUCCUUGAGAGGGAGGCAAAGCUGAACAACUUAGCAAAGAUCUUCCACCGGAAACUCGAAACGUUGCUCAUAUACAUAAGGGUUCCCAAGAAGAAACAGGAGAAGCUAUUCUUUGAUGAUUUUUUUAAUGUAGAGGAGGUGAGCGCGUACAUAAACACGGUUGUAGACGAUGAGCACCGUACUGAUGUGCAGAGUGACCACCAGGAAGAUCGCCCCUGCUCAGGGGAGAGCCUAAACCUAAACGCAGACAACGAAAUAAAAACCAGCAAAGACAUUUUUAUAAAAAAUCUGCUGAUCUUCCUGAACAACCUAAUCGUUCUCUACUUCUCCAAGAGCAACCUAAUCGACGUCUGCAUAAACCGCAGGAGCUUCAACAAGUGUGGCUUCUAUGCGUGUGACAAUAUCUUCCUAAACAACCCCAACAAGGGCAAGUACAAAAUAGACGCGAAAAGUAAGAACAUUUAUUUAAGGGAAUACUACGACUUGUUCUGUUCCGCCAGCUGUAUGAAUUACAACCUGCACCUGCUCAAGGAAAUCGCAAAGAAUGGGAAUAACGCCAAGGGGGGAAAGCAAGGGAAAACCAACCUUAAGACCAAAUGCCAGUUAAUAUACAUCAUGUUCCUAACCUUCUUCCCAAUUUUUAAAUUUCACGACAUUAAUGUACUUCUCAACAAUUUAGAGCUCGUGUACAUUCAGGGCAACAAAAUAUUUCUGAAGCCCGGGGGGGGAAAGGCGGACAUAAAUGGAGAAGACAAGAAGGAAUCAACGAAUGAUGAGGGCAAAGUAUGCACCAUUAGAACGGUAAAGGAUGGGGAUAGUCAGAAGACCCAUCAGUUGAGGAAGGCCCUCUUUCCAAUCAUCGUGGAAAAGCAAGAGGGAUGUGAAGACAGUGAAGAGAAAGUAACGGAGGAAUCUCCAGAGGGAAAUUCUUCCAAUGGGGAGGUCAUCUCUAACCACAUGGUGAGUAACCACGCACUAGGUGAAACAUCCAAUGAGCGAGAUGGAAAUGAAAUUGUAAUUCUUCCCUUGGAGGAAUCACUCGGAGGGUAUGACCAAGUGAAGGCAGAGAAAGGCCUCACCAACAGGAAGGUGGAUAGUUGUCCAAAACGGGAACAGGGAAAAGCCAAUAAGUGCAAAAACGUCACAUUUAAUGAGGACAUCCAAACGUUUGAAUACUACAGAAACGAACGGGUGGAUGUCUGUAGUGUGGCUGGGACCUCCAUGGAGACCAGCCAUGUGGGUACUACACAAGGGGGGGAUUGUCCUCCUAGUGGGGACAUUCUGUGUGAAGAUUCCCUAUCGGGUGAGAACGAGCAUAAGGGGAAUGUUCACCCCCGUGUACCUCCAGAAUGGGACGAAACAACCAUGAGGAGGGGGCCAGGUGAAGGGACCAACGAACUAUCCGUAAAACCUCAAUACGCUAGUGAUAAGGAGGUGGAAGGAACGAUAUACAAAGAAGCCUUAGGUGAGAGGAAUCCCUCUGAUGGCGAAAUAACCGAGGUGUAUGAACAAGUCAGACAGUGCAUUUUUACCAACCGUAAACACUUCUUUGAGGACAUCUUAGGGAAGACACUUUUCGAUUCGAACAAGGUUAUCGGGUUUGACUACGAGGGGAAGGAGGAGGAACCGGAAGAAAAGAAGAAGACGGAAAUGGUAAAGGAAGCGAAGAAGGUAGAACAAACAGAGGAAAAGGAAGCUGAACAGGUGGAGAAGAAGGCAGCGAUGCAAGAGAAGACUGAGAGUGAUGUUCGCGUAUGCGCCGCGCAGCGGAUGAGUGAAAUUAACCUAAAGCACGACCGGGAGAGGAGAGGGAGGCGAAUCGUUUUGCUGAGCUCACCCAGCAGAGGGAGGGCAAUGGAGAGGAUCUCCCAGGCCAAUGAAGGUGAGGAUUCACCUAAAGACGAUGAGGCCGAGGCCAUGGGGGCCAUAAGCGACGGCAUGGAAGGUAAAGAGGAAGACGCUGCCCUGGGUGAUGAAGAAAAGGAGCGUACUGUCCAGAGUGAUAAGGAAAAAGAAGAUACUGUCCCGGUUGAUGAAAAAAGGAAUGAUGAUGCCUCGGCUGAUGGCGGAAACGAAGAUACUUCCUCGUAUGGUGACAAAAACGCUACCGCGGGUGGUGGCGAAAACGCCCCAGCCUCGGACACUGACGAGGACAAUACGAAGCUGCAGAAUCUGUUGAUAAAGAAGAAGGAAAAAAUCAGCGAGCAGUACAACGAGGCAUUCAAUAGAUGCAUGCCGCCGUUCCUGUUCGCAGGGGAAUACGGCGGAAGCAGGGACGGGGAAUGUCCCGGAGAUCCCAUCGAGGAGGAGGGCGAAUCCUCAGAUGACGAAAAACGGGUGCAGCAGGUGAAGUGGCAAAAUAAGUACACCUACAGCACAGAAAAGUGCAGCGCGUACGAAGACAUGUCCCUUUAUGUAGUCCUUUGGGACAUCCUCACAGGCAUCAUCUCAAAGUAUACCGUUUACUAUUUUCAGAGGAGUGAUUUUGUCAUCCCCAAGUGUCCAACUGAAGUGGAGCGGGAUAGGAAAAACGAAUUCUUACGAAAUGUUUCGCAGCAUAUGCCCAAAAUCAUCCACCCGAUUGCGUCCACUAUUUUCAAUGUCUGCCAAACAUUUUCUUUUGGCAAGCCUCUGUUACCAUUUAAAAAAAUAAUAUACGAGUCCAUUAUCUACGUCAUUGCAGCUGCACUUGGACGGCACAAGGUUGAAUUGAUUCCUUCCGAAGAAAUGGCAAACAUCCGGAAGGCAGAGGAGGAGUUCCUCACUUUGGAAAACGGAGUGGGCAAGGAAGAACUCGACGAGUUGACGAUGCUUUUUUAUCAGCACUUUUACUACUAA